CUGUCGUAAGAAUUUUAGGAACCCUUGUCUUACACCUAACCUCUACUUGUUAUGUGACAGUAUGCGAUUUAGAAUUUCCAUUAUGAAGUUAUAUUUUUGCUCAUUUUAUUACUUAUAUUGUUAAAUAAACAACAUUAUAUUAAUUUCUAAUGUUCCAACAAGUAUUGAAAAAUGAUUAUAUCUCGAUUCAUCGGCAACGAUUUAUAGCUCACACUGGUACAGUCAUUUUCAAUGUACAUACAUUUAUGUCGUUAAAGGUACAAUAUACAAGUUACGAGAAACGCGCAAAUGUCAGUUGCACGACUCAGUAUAGAAGUAUAGGUAUGUGACCGGGCGUUAUCAGACAAAUUGAAAUAAUAUUUCGUAUUGUAUAUCGACGUAAUCAAAAUUUCGAGAUAGAUUUAUAAUGGAAGGUCAGCAGGUAAGAGCAUUAUAUGAUUUUACUGGUGAGUCAGGAACAGCUGAGUUGUCUAUCGUCGCAGGAGAAAUUUUAACUGUCAUGAGAGACAAUGUUGGCGAUGGAUGGUGCGAGGGAUUUAAUCAAGGUGGAAAGUCUGGCCUUUUCCCAGCAGCAUAUGUGCAAGUGAUAGAGUCUUCUGCUCCCGUGUCGAGUAGUAUGACAAUGUCGCAACAAAGUUCAGGAGAUUAUUGGGAUGAUGAUUGGGAUGAUGAUUCAGAAGUUGGUCAAACACAAGCAUACGUUCCCGUUACAAGUCAGCAGCAACAACAACAACAACAACAAGCUAUGCAUAUAGCACUCCAAUCCAAUAGCACUGAUAGUGGAAAUUCUAUCUCAAUUCAUACUAUACAUUCUGUGAUACCUGAAAGACCUAUAUCUAAUGUACCAAAGAAAAAUAAUAAGUUUUCUACUUUGAUUAAAUCUGGCGAAGAUAGUUUUUUAUUAGGAACAAGAGUAGCGAGUGUACCAGAAAGUGAGAAGCUUCUUAUCAAAGAAACUGAAGAUGGACGUUGUGCAUGGGUACCAACGGGAGAAUCAUAUAGUUGUGUUGUUACAUCUCCUAAGAAAGAAUCAAAACUUAAAGGUCUUAAAAGCUUCAUCGUAUAUCAAUUAACACCUACGUUUAAUAAUAUUCAAGUUUCAAGAAGAUAUAAGCAUUUUGAUUGGUUACAUGAACGUUUAGAAGAAAAGUAUUGUUUCAUACCAGUUCCACCCUUACCUGAUAAACAAUUAUCAGGGCGUUAUGAUGAACAAUUUAUAGAACAUCGUCGUACACAAUUACAAGAAUUUGUUGAUUAUGUUUGUCGUCAUCCCGUGUUAUCACGUAGCCGAGUAUGGGAUCACUUCAUGAUUUGUACUGAUGAGAAGAGAUGGAAAGCAGGAAAACGACUAGCUGAAAAAGAUGAAUUAUUAGGAGUGAAUUAUUUUAAUGCCAUCCAAUGUAUUGAUACGCCUUUAGAUGCUAUCAAAGUAGAAAUUCAAAUAGAUGCAUUUAGUAGAUACGUAAAUGGUUUAGAUCCUGUUGUCAAAAAUUUCAUGGCCAUGGCUGUUGAUCAAGCCAAAAAGCACCAAGUACUUUAUAAAAGAGAAUUUCAGAAAAUUGGUCUUUCUUUUUCUUCAUUAGGACAUGCUUUAGAAGGAGAUGAUAGCGAUCAUAUGAGAUUGACUAAUGCAUUAAAAGCAACAGGUGAAGCAUACAAUGAUAUUGGUCGUCUCUAUAAGGAACAGCCAAAAUUUGACUGGGAACCACUUGCUGAUAAAUUUCAUAUUUAUAGAGGAAUUAUCAGUAAUUUUCCUGAUGUUAUAAGUAUACAUAAGAGUGCAGUACAAAAAAGGAAGGAUUGUGAAAAAUUAGUUUUAGAACAUAAAAUGGAAACACACCAAUUGCGUGAAAUGUCUCAUCGAACAGAUAUAAUAGCACGCGCAUUAAUGGCGGAAGAGACACAUUUUCAAUCUGAACGUGAUAUACACAUUAAUAAAGCUAUGAAAACGCAUUUGCAAGAACAAAUUUCCUUUUAUAAAAAAAUUGUAAAUAAAUUAGAGGAAGCAUUAAAUGCAUAUGUAGACUGAAGCAGGUACUGAAAA